AUGGCUGGUCGCCGACCCGAACGGAUAAUGCACCGAGGACGCUGCCGACGGCAGGAGACGGCUGUCUAUAAGACGGAGAUGGCGCCCAAAGACACAAUAGUCUCUCGUUGCUCUAAUCUCAACAUGGCCAAGCUCUCAUUUGUUCUACUCGCCAUCUCAGCCCUGGCUGGCAGCGCCUUGGCCGUGUCGGGCAACGGACACUCUACCAGGUACUGGGACUGCUGCAAGCCCUCAUGCGCAUGGCCGGGCAAAGCAUCCGUCAGUGCAUCUGUACAAACCUGCAGUGCCGGCAACAGCCCUCUGAGCGACCACAAUGCCAAGAGCGGCUGCGACGGCGGCCCAUCCUACACAUGCGCGAACAACUCGCCUUGGGCUGUGAAUACCAAGCUUGCAUACGGAUUCGCCGCAACGGCCAUCAACGGUGGCUCGGAAUCGACUUGGUGCUGUGCCUGCUACAAAUUGACUUUUACCAGUGGACCUGUUGCUGGCCAAGAAAUGGUUGUGCAGUCUGUCAAUACGGGAUCGGACAUCUCCAACAACCAGUUUGACCUGCUGAUACCGGGAGGCGGUGUUGGCCUCUUCAAUGGCUGUGCUUCCCAGUAUUCUGGAGGCCUUCCGGGCGCGCAGUACGGCGGAGUGUCGUCUAGAGCAGAGUGUGGUCAGAUACCGCAGCCACUCAGGGCAGGAUGCCUGUGGCGGUUUGAUUGGUUCAAGAAUGCUGAUAACCCGACCUUUGCCUUUGCCCAGGUCCGAUGCCCUUCGGCCCUGCUCGCCGUCUCUGGCUGCAAGCGCACUGAUGACAACUCAUUCCCUGCUGCUUGA